CAUGUCAAGUUUGUGGUCUACCAAAACUCCUAGAUCCUUUUCACAUGUACUGCUCUCAAGCCAGGUGUCUCCCAUCCUGUAUUUGUGCCUUUCAUUUUUUUUGCCCAAGUGUAGUACUUUACAUUGUAAGUAGUUGGGCCUUGGUUUCCGAACAUUUCGGAAGUCAAACGGACUUCUGGAAUGGAUUAAGUUUGAGAACCAAGGUACCACUGUCUUUGGCACUUUGGUUUUUGCUAUUCAUUUUGCGUUUUUGAUUUUGAGGCUUUUUCGGUUAAUUUGUUUUUGUGACUGUGUUUUUUAUCAUCUGCAAUACUGUCUUAUUCAUUUUAUAGUACAGUACAUUGAUUCUUGCCUUCAUUUUAUGGAUCAAUCGUCUCGUUAGAGAGUAAAAUUCAUGUUAACUUGCUGUUUUAGGGGUUGUUUUUAAAAGUCUGGAAUGGAUUAAUCCGUUUUGCUUUACUUUCUAUGGGAAAGCGCGCCUUGAUUUUGAAACGAUUUGGUUUGGGAACGGACUUCCGGAACGGAUUAAGCUUGAGAACCAAGGUACCACUGUAUAGGAACAGAGUGAAUGAUGAAAUAGCAAGAACUACGGCCAGGUCACUAAUCCAGUGAGGCUUUAACAUCCCAAUUUCACAGAUGUGCUUGUGGGGUCUGAAGUGGUGGUGACUGGCUGGGACCUCGAGGUGGGCAGCUCAGGGAAGAUGUUGAGCCAGCGUGUGGCAACUGUGCAAAGGGCAAAUUCCAUGCUAGGCAUCAUUAGGAAAGGGAUUGCAAAUGAAGCUGCCAAUAUUGUAAUGCCAUUUAUACAAAUCAGUUGUGCAACCUGUGUACAGUACAGUUCUGGUCGCCUCCCCUCCAAAAGGCUAUUCUCGAGCUGGGAAAGUUUCAGAAAAGGGCAACCAAAAUGACCAAGGGGGUGGAGUGACUUUUCUGAGAAUAAAGGCUGCAGCAUAUUGCCAAUGAACACAUGACAAAGGUGUAUAAAUUUAUGCACAUUUUGGAGAAAGCAGAUAGGAGAAGUUUCUCUCUCUCAUACUAGAAGGGAGGGCCAGCCAAAGAAACUGAAUGUUGGAAGGUUCAAGACAGACUUUGCCACACUGUGCAGAGUUAAAGCUCUUCUUCUUCUUCUUUGGCGAUCCCUCGUAGCAGAGUAAGAUUGUCUUCCGUGAACACAGUCUUAACAAUGAGUCCGUACGUGACUGUGGAGGCCAAUUCUGGAUCCACACGUCCUUCCGCAGUGGGGACAUUGGUUUCCAGGCGAGAGUUGAUUUGCCAAGCGUGCCUUCCUCUUAGCACGUUUCUCCCUUGCGUCCUGAGUUCGAGUUUCUUCAAAGCCCACGACACCUUUGGUAAAAGCUGUUCUCCAGUUGGAGCGCUCAUAGGCAAGUGAUGAUAGCUAUCAAGAUUAUACCUCAACACAGGCUUCAAGGAAGGAAACCAAAGCAUAGAAUGAACACUCAAGCUCUUUAAGAUCCCAUUAAGCGGAAUUGCUUCUGAAUGACUCUUAAGGACCAUCUGCCUUCAGUUAAAACUAUGGAAUUUGCAAGAUUUAAUGCUACCGGUAGCUACCCAUUUUGGUAUAGGGACGCGGGUGGCGCUGUCUAAGCCACUGAGCCUAGGGCUUGCUGAUCGGAAAGUCGGCGGUUCGAAUCCCUGCAACAGGGUGAGCUCUCAUUGAUCAGUCCCAGCUCCUGCCAACCUAGCAGUUCAAGAGCACGUCAAAGUGCAAGUAGAUAAAUAGGUACGGCUCCGGCGGGAAGGUAAACGGCGUUUCCCUGCGCUGCUCUGGUUUCACCAGAAGGAGCUUUGUCAUGCUGGCCACAUGACCUGGAAAAACUGUCUGCGGACAAACGUCGGCUCCCUCGUCUGUAAAGCGAGAUGAGCGCCGCAACCCCAGAGUUGUUUGCGACUGGACUCAACUGUCGGGGGUCCUUUACCUUUACCCAUUUUGGUAGCCACCAGCCACAAUGGCCAGGCUCUGCCUAUGUUGUGGGAAUGGCAGGAAAGAGCCUCCAUCUUGCUACUUUGAGAGCAGGUUGCUGCACGAGAUGGGCACCCUUUGGCCUGAUCCUGUGGCUGAGCUCUGAAGGGCUGCGCACACACUCUGGAAGAUUCUCAGAGCCAAAGUCUGGAAGCAAAUGGCAGCCCGUGAAAGGCCUCUGUUCUGAAAAGGCCCCUCUAGCUGCUCCUGGCCACGGGGGCUCAGACUCUCCCAGCGUGGCUGGUCCUGGAUUGUGGCUUGAGGAAGCAUUGCCCAAAGUUGGGGGGAUCCGGGUGCAGUGGGGCUGCCUCUCUUUUGAGGCAGGGGUGGGUGCCGUUUCCGUGCUGACCCUCCUUUUCUUUCCCCAGGUGAUUGGGGCUGAGACCGUGGGCUUGAACGCCAUCUUUCUGCUCCUCAUGUCCCGCGUAUCACAGGCCUCGGGGGGCAUCUUGCCACCGCUCAGCUCCCUGGUGGGGCCCAGGAAGGUGUUGCCAGCUGAUGGAGGAGAACCCCUGGAGGCAGCGGACACAGGUACCGCUUCCAGAUCGCUGACGCCGCUGGCCAAGUCCUUCCAGAAGGCGGAGGCUCUCCUGCGCCACUGCGUCAACCCCAGCCUGUGGCGCCUGCUGCCCCCGCGCACCAGCGAGAGCGCUUACGACAGCGAGGAGGAGGACUCUCCCGGAGGCCUGGCCCGCCUGGCCCAGGUGGAGCGCAGCUUCUUGGGGCUCAGCCGCUGCCUGUGCGUGAUGGAGAACCCUCGGACGGAGACCUUCCAGGCCCAUGUGCGCCCAGCCCUCCCGGACACGCCCCGGGGCGCCUUCACUUACCACGCAGCCCGGAGCAGCGUGGCUCGCCAGGGUGCCACUCUCCACGCUCUGCUGCAGCACCGCCACCGCCUUCGCCUCUCCCGCCACUACACCCGCCGCCUCAAGGCGGCUUCCGGCUUCGUGCAGCACCUGAUGGCCGCCGAGCGCUGCCUGCCGACCCUGCAGCCGCUGGCCGGCCAGCCAAACGCCACCUGGGGCCGCCAGCUGCGGGGGCUGUGCGAGGAGCUGCGCACCCACGCCACGCACUGGGAGGGGCUGCAGCGGCGCAUCCGCAGCGACCCCUGGCUGCGCCACAUGCUGCUGCAGCGCCACGAGGUGGUCCAGCACAUGAGGCGCUCCCUCUGCCUGCUGGCCCUCCACGCCGUCUGCCUCCUGGACCGCCACAUCGAGGCCUUGCUCCGCAGCUUGGCCCAUGCCCUCCCUGUGCCCGCUGCCCCACUGUCCGACUUCUUCCAGGGGCUGGAGAUCUACAACCAGGUGGUGAACGACCCGGCACUGCAGCAGGCCUUCCUGGAGCAGCCGGGCCUGCGGAGAACAGCAAGCAGCUCUCCAGCCUUCCCCCUGGAGAGGAUCCUGGGCAUCCUGGCAGCAGAGAGGGGCAAGCGGGCCGCCCAGAGGCUGCACCCGCUGCUCCUCCGAGUGGGGGGUCUGGAGCCUGCGCCUUGGGGUGGGGACGCCAAGCCUGGGCUCCUGGAAAGGGCCUCCCAGGCAUCUCCGUCAGGCGAGGGUCUUCCCAGCCUCUCGGUGGAGCUGCAGGCCUUGUGCCACGAGGAGGAAGAGGGCCUUCUGGUUGUCCUGGGGGAGCUGGUGGCUUCCACCGACAGCCUGUGGCAUCACGUCCUGAACCGCCCCAAGCAGGAGAAGCCCCUCGAAUGCUUGGAGCCGACUGACCUGCCUCCGGGGCUGGACUCUGCCUCGCUGCCCAGCUGGAAGUCUGUGCGCUGGCUGGACACCUCCUUCAGAGAGGCAGCGGCAGCGCUCUAUGCCCAGUACUGCCCGCUGCUGUGGAGAGCGGCUUCCUCUUCCUUGGCCCACCGGCUGGAGCUCCACCCGCCCCUGGCGCACUUCCAACUGGGGGCAGCGGCUGCCUUGGCCCGGCGGCUGAGCCAUGGCCUGGCACAGGCCUGCGUGCCUCAGGAGAGCAAGGAGGAACUGAAGGAUUUGGUGCUCCAGCUGCUGACGCGUGAUGUCCUCCAGCACUGGGACCAAGGUUUCUGCCAGGCUCUGGGCUCCAGCCUCACCGACAAAUGCUUGGCCAAGCCCGCCCAGAGCACAGAGGUGGCCUGCAGCCGGACGGCUCAACUCCUGCAGGGCCUCUACCUGCCCUUGGCCUUCAGCCUGCAGUGCCUGGACUCCCAGCUCACGGAGAGCACAGCCGGCAACCUUGUCCCAUCCGGCCUCCACCUGCGGCUGCUGUCCCUCUCGCUGGCUACCGCUCACUCCUCCUGCUACUGGGUCAUGAGCAAGGCCUACCAGUACUUGGCUUCCUGGUCCCUCAACCAGUUCCUCCUUGUGACCCAGGGAGACUUGCAGCUGCUGAAGGCAGAGUCCAGCAGGAUGUCCACGCUGGUGAGCACAGCUUUUCCUGAGGGCAGGAGGAAGCAGAGCCCCCUCCUCUCUGGCCAGGAGCAGGAGCUGAGCCAGCAGAUCCACUCCACAGCUUCCAGCGUCCAACUGUUUGCGAACAAAGUCCUGACGCUGUUUUCCUCGGACUGCAAACGCAUGGCGGCGGAGAUCUUCAGCCAAACCAUGCCCCUGGGCAAGCACUGGCGCCUCGCCCUCCGAACAGAGCUGCCGCCCUCCCCCAGCGAAUAUGCCUCAGCUGCUGCUCAGAGCGUCCUGGGUCAGGUCUUGCUGGGCAUCCAGCUCCUGCCGCAAGAUGCCCAGGGGCCAGCCCUCAGCCAGGUGACGACGGCCUUCUUGGAAGCCUGGAUGGACCACAUCCUGGCCCAGAAGAUCAAGUUCAGCCUCCAGGGCGCCCUUCAGCUGAAGCAGGACUUUGACCUGGUGCGGGAGCUGCUGCAGUCGGAGGAUUAUGGCCUCUCCCCGCAGAUCAAGGAGCUGGUGCUCUCCCUCCGGGUCUUCCAGCAAGUGGACAAUGCCAUCGCCUGCCUCUUGCAGCAGCCCCCCAAGACCUCCUUGCCCUCACCCACCUGGGAUGCCUUCCACAAGUGCUGCUCCCAUGAUGGGAUUCGCACGCAGGACGGCGGCCCAGGCAGCCUGAACAGCCUGGAGAGCCUGGAAGGGCUGCCCACGCAGGCGAGGGCCGCGCUGGAGAGCCAGGCGGGUGACCUGCUGAGCCGCAUGCAAGGGGGAGGCUGCAGCCCCGAGACCUACCUCAGCCCCAUGCAGCAGGAGUGGCUGGCGCUGCGGCUGCACGGGGGCCGCCGCUGGAAAGUCCCUGCCCUGCCCUGCAUGAACAGGACCUCUGAGCCUUGACUGGGCCAGGUGGGGCAGCUCCAGCCUCGGCAGGAUGAGUACCUGCGAGGCGCCACUUGCAGCGCGGACUCCUCAGGGCUCCCUCCGCCUGCCGCAUGUGCCUCAGGCCCUGCACAGCAGCAGCCGUGGCGUGACUCUCCUCCCUGGGGGCUGGGGGGGGAGCCUCAGUUGCCUCCCGCCAGGCCUUGGCUGCUUCCGGGCAGCAACUCUCUGGCCGUAGACAUUUUGGCUAAGGGGAGAAGCUGCUGGAGGAAGAGAAAGCAGCUUGUUGAGCGGCAGGGCCUGAAAUCGCAAAAGGCGCUUCAGCACUCCCAGGCCGCCUCGGGGUGGUCAGCGUCACAAGGAAGUUGGAGAAGCACACAGAAGAUCUCUGAUCCACAUUAAAGUCUCCUGAUGUUGCAGCCGCUUGGCGUGUCUCUUGAUUUGGGAAUAAAUCCAUGAGAAUCUCUCUGACCCACUUUCUCUGACCCUUUGGGGGAAGGGCUGCAGCUCAGGGGCAGAACAUCUGCUUUCCUCCCAGCUGGCCCUCCCAGGCUCGGCCCCCAAUGGCAUCCGCACAGGGCAGGGAGCUCAGAAAGACCUGCCUGAAAGCCUGGGCAGCCGCUGCCUGUCAGUGCAGGCAGAACUGAGCUUAGAUGGACCAGCGGUCGAGCCGGCAGCUUCUGAGCUUUCUGGGCGUCCUGAUGUUUGGCCACAAAGUCCCUAGCUUGGCAGAAGUCGGGCUGAGGAGCGAGUAGGAGAACCUCGAGUUCCCUGCGAGUCAAAUCCUGCCCCAGAGAGCAGCUCGCUGCUUUCCUGCCUGCCUGCAUUACUCAAACGAAUCCUGACAAGUCACAACAGACAUGCAUUCUGACGAUAUCCGCUGGGCUUCGAAUGCUGAGCGCAGCCAGGUCCCACCCCUCCCUUCCCUGCCAAGUUGAAA